AUGAGGAAGCGUGACCUCAACAUCUCCCCGGCCUGCGAUUACCGUGUCACAAGCUGGGAUCAUGACAGGGGGAGGAAAGGGAGUCUGAACUGUCCCCAGUGGAAAAGCUCCCUGCCCUCCCCAUGCCAGCGCUACAGAGGAUUUACAUCUCAAUUGCAGGCUCUCAAGUUUGAAGCCUCCUCCUUAAUCCAUGGAAUAGAAAAGCUGCACGGAGCAGAAGCGUGGCCUUGCUGUUUGGCCGCUCAUAAGUCUUAUGAGUCACUUGCUGCCAGAUGUUCGAUGAAUCUGUGGCUUUGGAUAAUUCUUGGCUUCUUCUUGCUGAAUGAAGAGAGGAUUCAUGCUAGGACCCUCACCGGGAAAACCGUGUUAACACCUGGAUAUGAGCCAACUGCUGGGAAUCCUGACUUGGAGAAUGGAUACAACGAGGAAAGCAUGGAGCCUGCAAGCUCCAAGGGGGCUCCCCAACUUCCACUGGAUGCACCUUACCUCCAAAGCAAUUCCUCCCAGCUGGGGAAGACCAGAAUAAUUCCACAGUGUCCAACCUCUAACUCCGUCCUGGACAGAUCAUUCCUAAAGUGGGUCCCAUUCAGCGGAGUCAUCCCCACUGGAGCAGUGCAUAUACAGAACAAGCACACCCAACGUACCGACUAUGUCUGUGUGGGAAAUGGAAGUCAAGAGGCUGGGUUUUACUCUCCGAGUAAAGGUCGAGUCUGUAACUAUCCUUAUAAGAGAAAAGAACGUUACCACACUUCCUUCCUGUUGUUGGUAAACGAAAAUAACUUUGAAUUACUGGAGUGGAAAUCUGGAAAGAAAGGAUCUAUUCCCCCAUUUUCGGUACCGACCUCCGCACAGGGUCAGGUGUAUGUAGGAAAGAAUAAAUAUGGCUUAGGGAAAAUAGUUUGCCCCUCUAAAGCUUUUUACCUUCCCCAAAAUGGUAGAGAAUACAAGUACAGAAGUUACGAGGUUCUGACCGUUAACAAAAAUUUCAAGGACAGAAUCUCGAAUGUUCAGUAUUUGGGAAACCAGUCAGUUCUGAGGGAAGAGCCACCAUCUACUGACCACAGCUCCACAGUGUACAACCAUGAUUGUCAGCCCUUAAAGAAAAUUUUUACCAUAGAGAAAUCCAGGGUAACUGAGAGAAGUUGGGCUAUUACUGAAUCCUCUAAAAUAGGAUCCACCAUCAGUAUGCAAGCUGGCUUUCCAUCAGUAUCAUCAUUAACGAUGACCAUUUCAGCAGAGGUCAGUUUUACGUGGUCUCAGGAUGAGAAGAAGACUGAAACAAACAAAUUCAGCAACACCUUAGAAAUACAGGUGCCUCCUAACUCCAGGUGUCAAAUAAUCAUGACAUUAAGAAAAGCCUCUCUUAAAGUCCCCUUCACUGCCACACUCACCCGGAGUUUCCAAAACGGUCGCACACACACGACCAAAAUCCAAGGGGAAUUCCAGGCCCGACAAAGUGAGCGUGGUGAAACCCAGAAUCAUCGAUGCCAGCCCAUUCCCAAUUCCCCAAAUUGUCCACAGUAG